UGGCAGAGCCACCAGCACUGCAUUAGGGCACAGCAUAGUCCUGCAAUGGGAUGUCCAGCAGCUUUCCCAUACACGCCUGCAGCCCUUGUGUGUUUCAGUCCACCUAUAAACCAUUCAGGAUUUACAUUUUGCUUUAACACUUCCUCUUCGAUCCCGGCUAAUACGUUACACAUUUAAUUGCUCUUCCUUUGAAUUUCCCAGCCCUCAUUUGGGUAACCCUUGCAACAUCGGUCUCUCGUUAUCUCACUGCUGCCCCUAAUUGCUCCCACAUGCCGCCUCGCAGACUCCACGGCGGGGGCUCACGGGGGAGCGCAACGAGCCAUCAGGAGCCAAUUGAUUGGUGACUUUAUCCACCGGCUCUAAAAGAGGCGCAGGCUCCUCCCGGGCCGUGAUUUACAAGCAGGGGCUCAGCGUUGCAUACGGAGGAGCGGGUGUCCCUCGGACCCGAGCCACGUCCCGUGCGGGGCGGUGCUGGCAGCUGGCGAGGCGCCCGGCGGAGCGGAGCGGUGCGGGCAGGAGCGGGCGCUGCGAGGUGGGAGCCGGGCGGCUCGGCGGGACCUCCCCAUCUGGGAACCAUCUGUGUUUCCCUGGAACCGGACAGGCGGCUCCAGGCAGUGAGAAAUCGCAGAUGUGAGGGACCUGACACAUGUCCAGCUAAUGAAAGGAGAAGGAAGGCUGGGCUCAGCCUGCGCUCCCAGAUUAAGAGCGGUGGAGGAAGAGCCGUUUUUUAUUUAUAUUGCAGCAAAACGAGGUGUAUUCAACAGCAGCUGGAUCGCACUAAGCUCACCGCAUAGGUUGCUGGUGAGAAGAGGCUGCCAGUGAUGCCCGGCUCCCCUGUGGAAGUGAAGAUACAGACCAGGUCCUCUCCUCCCAACAUGCCACCGCUGCCCCCCGUCAACCCCGGAGGCCCCCGGCCCGUCUCCUUCACCCCAACUGCACUGCCCAAUGGGAUGAACCAUUCCCCCCCGACGCUCAAUGGGGCUCCAUCCCCACCCCAGCGCUUUGGCAACGGCCCGGCUUCCUCCUCCUCUUCCUCAUUGACCAACCAGCAGCUCCCAGCCACGUGCGGUGCACGGCAGCUCAGCAAGCUGAAGCGCUUCCUCACCACCCUGCAGCAGUUUGGCAAUGACAUCUCACCUGAGAUUGGGGAGAGGGUGCGGACCCUGGUGCUGGCGCUGGUGAACUCGACGGUGACGAUUGAGGAAUUUCACUGCAAGCUGCAAGAGGCAACAAACUUCCCCCUGCGGCCGUUUGUGAUCCCCUUCCUGAAGGCCAACCUCCCUCUGCUGCAGCGAGAGCUGCUGCACUGCGCCCGCGCUGCCAAGCAGACCCCAUCCCAGUACCUGGCACAGCACGAGCACAUCCUCCUCAACACCACGUCCUCCCCAACUGACUCCUCAGAGCUGCUCAUCGAGGUCAACGGGAACGGCAAGAGGCACAGCCCUGACAGAAGGGAUGACAGCAGCUUUGAGAGAGAACCACUGCCAACAGAGCCUCCAGCCAAACGUGUGUGCACCAUCAGCCCCGCGCCCCGGCACAGCCCAGCACUCAGCAUCCCAAUGCUGAACCCUGGUGGGCAGUUCCACCCCACCCCACCGCCCCUCCAGCACUACACCCUGGAAGACAUCGCCACCUCCCAUCUGUACAGAGACCCCGGCAAGAUGCUGGAGCACAGGGAGAUCCGGGAUAGGCACAGCGGGCUCGGUUUGAAUGGAGGUUACCAGGAUGAGUUGGUGGACCAUCGCCUGACAGAGAGGGAGUGGGCUGAUGAGUGGAAGCACCUCGAUCAUGCACUCAACUGCAUCAUGGAGAUGGUGGAAAAGACCCGGCGCUCCAUGGCUGUGCUGCGGCGCUGCCAGGAGGCCGACCGUGAGGAGCUCAACUACUGGAAGAGGAGGUGCAGCGAGGCUGAGCCACGCAAGGCAGGAGGGGAGCUGGGCACAGCCCGGCACAGCCCCGGCAGCUCUGACUCCAUCGGCAGCGAUUCACUGCGGGAGUUCAGCAGCAGGUCGGGGCCAGGCUAUGUCACCGAGGAGAUAUGGAAGAAAGCAGAAGAAGCUGUGAACGAGGUGAAGCGCCAGGCCAUGUCGGAGGUGCAGAAGGCCGUGGCAGAGGCAGAGCAGAAGGCGUUUGAGAUGAUCGCCUCCGAGAGGGCGCGCAUGGAGCAGACCAUCGCCGACGCCAAGCGCCAGGCCACCGAGGAUGCUUUCCUGGUGAUCAACGAGCAGGAGGAGUCCACAGAGAGCUGCUGGAACUGCGGCCGCAAGGCCAGCGAGACGUGCAGCGGAUGCAACACCGCGCGCUACUGCGGCUCCUUCUGCCAGCACAAGGACUGGGAGAAGCACCACCACAUCUGCGGGCAGAGCCUGCACGGCCACAGCAAAGGGCUGGCACUGCCUGCGGGGCGCUCGGCCAAGGGCAUGGACGGCGUGCCCAGCCCCAGCAUGGAGAAGAGCUCAGCAGCCACCUCCCGCUCCUCCACACCCGCAUCUGUGACAGCGAUAGACACGAACGGGCUCUAAAGGGGAAAUCUGGCUUCAUUCGUUGUCCUGCUGGUGUUUUGUUUCUUGAAGUUGGAAAGGAAAACCCACAGGAACUCGUAUUGGUUGACACGUUGGACAAAGCCAGGCCAGCUCUGUUGGACUUUGCUGCCCCUCCUGCCUUGCUCGGUGCACACAGAACUGCAGCCCA